AUGGCGAACCCGUACAAAGCCCAUUGGCUGAGUCAUCCGCGGGUCUUCGUCCUCUUUGGCGGCCGGCUGAGGCGGUGAGAGGAGAGGCGGGCAAAGAGCUUGCUGUUGCGGUGGUUACGCCGAGACACGUGUGCAGUCCCGGAAGCAGCUUGAGGAAGCGGCCCAGCGCGCGCGGCGGGAGGGAGCGCUUCGGGGUCCGCUGGGGUCGGGUCCGGCCGGGCCAUGGAGUCAUCGCCUGCGCGCGCGCCCCAGCCCGGGCCCCGCUGCAUGCUACUCCUUCCGCUGCUGCUGCUGCUGUCGACCCCGGAGCUGAGCCCGAGCCAGGCAGGAGCCGAAGAGACCGACUGGGUUCGACUGCCCAGCAAAUGUGAAGUGUGUAAAUAUGUUGCUGUGGAGCUGAAGUCCGCCUUUGAGGAAACCGGCAAGACCAAGGAGGUGAUUGACACGGGCUAUGGCAUCCUGGACCGGAAGGCCUCUGGAGUCAAAUACACCAAAUCGGACUUACGGUUAAUCGAAGUCACUGAAACCAUCUGCAAGAGGCUCCUGGACUACAGCCUGCACAAGGAGAGGACCGGCAGCAACCGGUUCGCCAAGGGCAUGUCAGAGACCUUUGAGACGCUCCACAACCUGGUGCACAAAGGAGUCAAGGUGGUGAUGGACAUCCCCUACGAGCUGUGGAAUGAGACCUCGGCAGAGGUGGCUGACCUCAAGAAGCAGUGUGACGUGCUGGUGGAGGAGUUUGAGGAGGUGAUCGAGGACUGGUACAGGAACCACCAGGAGGAGGACCUGACGGAGUUCCUGUGUGCCAACCAUGUUCUCAAGGGAAAGGACACCAGUUGCCUGGCAGAGCAGUGGUCGGGCAAGAAGGGGGACACGGCCGCCCUGGGAGGGAAGAAGUCCAAGAAGAAGGGCAGCAAGGCCAAGGCCUUGGGCAGCAGGAGCGGCAGCAGCAAACAGAGGAAGGAGCUGAGUGGCCUCGAGGGAGACCCUGGCCCUGAGGAGGAGGGCAUCCAGAAGGCAUCCCCACUCACACAUAGCCCCCCCGAUGAGCUUUGAGCCUAACCCAGUGUCCCCUGUACUGAGGGUAUAGCAAGAGACCCCUGACCUGGAAGCUAAAGAGGCUGGGCAGGCUCUGACAGGCAAAGGCAGCUUCUCCAGCCCCAGGUUCCUCCCUGCCUCGGCUGUGCCCUCUUCCCACCAAGGAAGGCACAGCCCCAGGAAGAACUCAGAACAAUAGUGGUCAGCCUGGGCUGGCCUUUUCCCUCCACUAAGCAUCUCUCCUGACAUGGACUUGAGCAGGCCAUGCAGUUUCAGGACUGCUGAGGACUCCAGUGUGAGUGGGGGGUGGGGGUUGGAGGUGGGCACCAGGACUGGAGUCCAAAGGAGGCACGCCCAGCCUCCACUCCCCAUGCCUCACCCCACAGGGAAGCAAGACUGCAGCACCCACAGCUCUUCUUCCCUGCCAAACCCCUCCUGUAGACACCUUAUGCUCUUCUGGCCCUUCUCCCCGGACCUCACAGUGUGGUAUGCAGAGUAAAAACCUCUUGGCAAGUUAAAUGAAAUUGAGAAUAGAAAAACAAUUGAAAGAGUUAAGAAGACCAAAAGCUGGUUAUUUGAAAAGAUCAACAUAAUUGAUAAACCAUUGGUCAAACUGACAAAAGAAAAACAGGAGA